AUGCCCGAGGAGGACUGGGCUGUGGACUAUGAAGCUGGCCGGAAGCUGAUCGAGGCCACGGGGUCCCGCGUGUUUGAGGCCCCCAUCCACAUCGAGGGCGGCUCCAUCCACUCGGACGGCGAGGGCACCCUGGUGGUGACCGAGGAGUGCCUGCUGCACCCGUCGCGCAACCCGCACUACGGCAAGGCGGGCAUCGAGGCGGUGCUCAAGGAGUACCUGGGCCUGGAGAAGAUCAUCUGGCUGUGGAAGGGCGUGGCGGGAGACGACUCGGUGGUCAACGGUCACGUGGACAACUUCUGCUGCUUCAUCGCCCCGGGCGUGGUGGCGCUGGCCUGGCCCAACGACGAGAACGACUUCAACGACCCUCAGUGGGAGAUCUCCAUCGAUGCCUACGAGCGCCUGUCCAACACCACCGACGCCAAGGGCCGCAAGCUGACCAUCGUCAAGGUGCCCUGCCCCCCCGCCAUCUUCCGCACCUACAAGGAAGCCGGCGGCCUGCUGGCCGACCACUACGACAAGGGCUACACGCCCCGCAUCCCCGGCGAGCGCCUGUCCGCCUCCUACAUCAACCACUACAAGGCCAACGGCGGCGCCGUGCUGUCCAAGGUGUGUGCCUGUGUGCAUGCACGCAUGUACCUGGACCCCAACUGCAAGACCGUGAAUGUCGAGUCGCGCGAGGUGCUGCUCAACGCCGGCAACGUGCACUGCAUCACCCAGCAGCAGCCCGCGGAGUGGUGA